CAAUAAUAACGCUUUGAUUUUUGCGACUGUGGCAACUACCGGAAAGAAUUUGAAACAUGUCAGCGGAACAAACUAUGAGCGAAAGUAAAUUAAAUGAAACUACUAACAAAAUCAGAAUACCGCUAACGAUUUGCAGCCUUCAAAAUGUAAUUAAGAGAAAAGAUUUGAAAGAAUCCGAAGGAAAUCAAGUUAUGGGUGACUUAUGUUACGACAAUUCUUCAAAGAAAUUAAAAGAAACAUGCGAAGAAUUAAGUUCUUUAAAUCUUAUACGAUUUCAAGCUAAUAUUAAAGGAUAUUUACUUAGAAAGAAACUUAAAAUAUUACUAUUAAACGUUAUAGAAAAUAUACAAGAUGCCGCUUAUAUCAUUCAAGCAUGGUGCAGGAGCAGUAACCUUCGUAAAAGUUACCUUCGUUAUCUCGACAAUGUAAUUCUAGUAGAACGGGUUUUAUCAAAAUGGCUUUUAAAUAAAAAAGUAAAAAAAUUAGAAAAAUUCAAUAAUAUACGCGCUUUGAUGUCGAAUUUAGUAGAAAAUUAUUUACAAGAGAUUUCGAGAGACUCGGUGAUUUUCAAAAUUGAAAAAUGGCGGUGGAAUAGCUUUAUAGUACACGAUACCAUUGUAAAUAUAGAAGAUUUACAAGCACUUUUACGCGGUUACCUCAUUCGAAAACAUGGAAAAUUUAAUAUACAAAGCUCUAGAAAACGAUCUAUACUUAUUAAGAAAGACUUCAAGAAAAUCCUUCAUAAAGAAUAAAAUAAGCAAAAUUAAUCAAGAUAAGAGCAAAGUUAAUAUUGCUUGUGAUGGAAGUUCAACAGGCGAUUUUCGUUCAUCUAAUUUAAGAUAUUUAAUGAGAGAAAAAGUGAAAAGUGUUGAAAAUAAUAACAAUGUUGCUAGAUACCUUGAAAUUUGGGCAUCGCUUUGUAUUCAAUCGUAUUGGAGGAUGUUACGGCAGAGAAAAAUGAAUAAAAUUAAAAUACAAUGCGUAAAGAUCGUACAAAAUACCACGAGGAAAAUGCUUCAAAGAAACUGGAUAAAGGUAGAAACCAAAAAGAAAUAAGUUGAAAAUAAACUAAAAAUAUAUGUAAAAAUUUCAAUUUUCAUUCCUAUAAUAUCUUAAACAUGAAACCAUUUUGGCUAAUGAUAUUUCUAAACUGUUAGUUGGAGAAAAACUCUGAUAUAAAUACUAUAAAAGAAUCGAUCAGUAACUAUUCCAGAAGUAAUGGCCGAUUCAUAAAACAUGAACAAAAAAAAAAAAGAAGUUAACGAUAUAAAAUUCAUUUUUUUCGUUUCUUAAAUUUAUACAUUUAAAGAGGAAAACUGAUGAAUAAAGGAAUAAGAAUUGCAAAA